AUGGCUCGUCUACUUAUUAUGUCAAAAGGAGAGUGGUCUAAAUCCCAACAUGGUGUGUGGCGAUUCAAAGAUGAUCUUGCAGUAAUGGCGCAAUCAAUUCUUGUGCGGAGAAGUGAAGAAUAUCCAUCCCUGGAACUGAAAGUUCAUAGUAUCUACAAUCUAGGACGUCAAGUACCACUUGUUGUGACGUUCCAGCUCCCACAACGGAUGGUUGAGACGGAUGUUGAAACAGUUCCCCUCAAACCAUUCGGACAGACGGGGACAUUGACAUGCUACUCAGCGAGUCCAUUUACUAUUGGUCGCCGGACCUAUCUUGGAGAAUGUGUCACCGAAGAACAGCAUCUUGCAAUGAUAAAUGCUAUAAUGACUGAAGGACGGAUUACGUGCAGGGAAGAAGUCAUUAGGGAGUUUAAUGACCCAGAAAAACUGAUGCUUAUGUAUCGGUUUUCCAUGGAAGUUGAAAAAGCAAGAAAAUCGCUAGACCUGAAUGUUGACGUCCAGAUUAACCACGAUGAUCACAUUGUCCCUAAUGUGAACAAUCCUUCAAUCGUAAACCAGCCGCCGCCGGAUGGAAAUCAAAUUAAUGGAGUGGGCGGAUUUACGGGAAUUUCUCCUGUUACAGUGUUAAGAAAUACUUAUGCACCAUCACCAUACGUCAGAAUGUUUGGAUACGUUCCUCAUGAUGAAACUCCUUACUGGGAGAUGAGACACGGAUAUUAUGAAAGAUUAAUGGCUUCAAAUUACUCUCUAAACAUAGGAAGAAUUUAUGGGGUUCCUGGGUCCGAGUUUACUGCAAAUCCCCAAUACCAAGUUCCAGUCGAGGUAUCUUCCACCGCCUCGUCAACUAAGCUGAACGCCGGAGUUGAACUAAGAGAUCCUAUUAACAACUCUACACUCAGAACAGAAUCAAAAUAUGGUAAUCUCAUCUCUGAGAAAGGUGAAAGUUCGAGGGAAAAUGGAGACGGAAUCAUAAAGGGUGAGAUGCAAUAUGCCAUUGAUGUGACGACUCAGAUUGCGCAGAGGAAUGCAGAUGGUGUGAGUGAUGGGACUCGUUCUGGUGAACAGGGAGACAAGUAA